GGCGGGUGGGGUUGGGCGAAGAGGGGAAGAGAGAGAGGAGAGAGAGAGCGAACUGGUGAGCGGUGGUUCGGGAUUCUUGUUAAGAUGGCGGCCGCGGGGAGCAGCAGCGGCGGCGGCGGGGGGGAAGAAGAGCGCAGCCUGAGAGAGUGCGAGCAGUAUGUCCACAAGCACAACAUCCAGCAGAUCCUCAAGGACUGCAUCGUGCAGCUGUGCAUCGGCAGGCCCGACAAGCCCAUCACCUACCUCAGGGAGUACUUCGAGAAACUCGAGAAAGAAGAGGCCAAACAGAUGCACAGUCAGCAAAAAUCAGGUUCACGCUCUGACUCACGGGAGGAUGAAAUCUCUCCACCUCCUCCCAUGAACCCCGUAGUGAAAGGACGGCGACGGCGUGGGGCAAUCAGCGCUGAAGUAUAUACAGAGGAAGAUGCAGCAUCUUAUGUGCGGAAGGUGAUUCCUAAGGAUUACAAGACUAUGGCUGCCCUGGCUAAAGCUAUUGAAAAGAACGUUUUGUUCUCACAUUUGGAUGACAAUGAACGGAGUGAUAUUUUUGAUGCUAUGUUCCCUGUCAUGUACAUUGCCGGAGAAACUGUCAUACAGCAAGGUGACGAGGGAGAUAAUUUCUAUGUUAUUGAUCAAGGAGAGAUGGAUGUGUACGUGAACAAUGAGUGGGUGACCAGCAUUGGAGAGGGUGGUAGUUUUGGAGAACUUGCUCUCAUUUAUGGAACCCCGCGAGCAGCAACUGUCAGGGCAAAGACCAAUGUAAAGUUGUGGGGUAUUGACAGAGACAGUUACAGGAGAAUUUUAAUGGGAAGUACACUGAGAAAAAGGAAGAUGUAUGAAGAGUUUCUGAGCAAGGUCUCCAUUUUAGAAUCGCUGGAUAAAUGGGAACGUUUGACUGUGGCUGAUGCAUUGGAACCAGUGCAGUUUGAAGAUGGACAGAAAAUUGUUGUGCAGGGAGAGCCCGGAGAUGAGUUCUUCAUUAUUUUAGAGGGCACAGCAGCGGUGUUACAGCGCAGGUCAGAAAAUGAAGAGUUUGUGGAAGUUGGAAGAUUGGGACCAUCAGAUUAUUUUGGUGAAAUUGCUCUUCUGAUGAACCGUCCCCGUGCUGCCACAGUGGUAGCACGCGGCCCAUUGAAGUGUGUGAAGCUGGACAGACCUCGGUUUGAACGUGUCCUGGGUCCCUGUUCGGACAUACUCAAACGAAACAUUCAGCAAUACAACAGCUUUGUAUCGCUGUCUGUCUGAAAUCCCUGUUUUCCCCCUAUUGCAGCAUCCACCAGAGUGAACUGCCUCGUGUCCAUUUGAAAUGCCGCUUCCUGUGGCAAAACAACAGUUCCCCACAGCUUCCUGUCCAUCAGAGAAAGCAUUCCCUCUGUAGCAUCUAAUGCCACAUUUGCUUUGCGUUUUUUUUUUGCUCGAAACACUGCACCAGCUUCCUACACAGCCAACCCAGCUUCAGCUAAAGAUUAUUAUAACCUGACAUUUUUUUUUGCUUUGAAUCAUGAACAUAGAACUCUUCCUAAUUUGAGUUAAUUAAACUUAAAACACUGCUGUUUUUACUAAACUCAUUGUGACCUGUACCCAGAUAAAUGAAGCUUUAAUUUGGUUAUAUGUGCAGAGGAUUUCAACCCUUUCACUUCCUCUGCUUCAAGGUUCUAGUUUAUUGUUCACUUGUUGAAUCCCAGGAGCUUGUACUACAAUAAUGGAAAACCUUGGGUUUUGGGCUGGGGGGAGGGAAAUGUCAAAUAUAUAUAUAAUGUUUCGAGUAUUGGCAAACACUAAAUUACCACAACUUAGUUUUAUUUUGAAUUGUCAAGAUAGAAAAUGUUUAAAUGUUUUUUUUUAAAAAUUGAUGUUUCCACUUGGCAACAUUUUUUUAAAAAAAAGUCUUAGGUCACAGGUUCAUUUUAGUUUUUUUGAGCAGAUAGUUGCCUUUUAAUUUUCGGAAGCAAUUAGAAAAUUAUUGAAAGAUUCUUUCCUACAGCUUAAGGCCUUGUUUUAAGUGAAGGCCCAUAUUGGUGCUUCUGGUUUUGCCAAAUUGGAGUACGCAUGAUUGAAUACUCCCCUUUCACAUUAAGGUACCUGUAAGGAAACUAAUGCAAGUCCAGAAAAUAUUGGUAGGUCAAUUUUUAACUUUCGCUAAUUUGCAAUUUGUGUGUAUGUGUGUGUAUAUAUAUUAUAUAUAUAUUGGGCUCCCUGAAAUUAAUAAGUACAACAUUGAGCAAAAUGUUUGCUUGAGAAACAAGUUUUAUUCUUAGUGUGUGCUUCAUUCAUAUGCCAGAUUUUCUGCAUAGUAUACAACUAUAAAUUGCUUGUUUCAGACAAAGAUAGAAUGCCAUUGGGACUCAUCCAGUGAUACUUUAUUUAAUGGAGUUCAGUUUAAUGGGCCAGCAUGUUAUUUCAGUGACCAAAAACACCGUUGGUGGCCAAAUCUAGUUCAGUGGGCUCAUACUUAAGUAAUUGAAGACAUUUCAUAAGUUGCAAUGUUCAUUAUUGCAACAUUUAUGAAAUAUCAAAUUCUAAGACUAAAGCAAAUGAAGUUUGAUUGAUCAUAUGAUGUGGUGGUCUGUAGCUUUCUUCUCGCUCCCCUUCACUACAACUGGAAACAGCAGGAGCUGUGUCAAUCAGCUUAGCUUUGAGUCAUUAGCUCAGAAUUAAUUUUCUGUCAGCUCUCGAGUCUCUGAGCAGCUUACCACAUCAACUUGUUUGCUUCAGAUGAGCUUGCAAGUACUGAUGGAGGAGAAUUGUAUAUUAUAUGAUCUCCCAAGCAAUGGAAAAUUACUGUAAGGUGUUGCCAUUGUUGAAUUGUGCCUCCUGGUGGCCAGCUGGGCAGGAUGUGCAAUGGUGAGUACUGUUGGAGAGAACAGUUAUCUUUACCCUGCGGUACAUGUGCAGAGGUUUGAAAUGCCACAAAUCUUCAGAUUGCUUUAUUUUAAAAACGUCUGUUCAUGUGAAACCAUUUAAAUUUACUCAACCAAAUGGGGGGGGGGAAAUGCAAAAUAAACGAUUCAGCUUCCCUUAGCUAUAUUGAUUAUGACCCUUAUUGGCUAGAAUUGCUGUGCAAAGUGCUCUGUUUCAAUUGGACACUGAAAUCUGUAAAGGUCAGUUAGUGCUGCUUGCUUGUCAAACAUUAGAAGUACCUGUUUAAGUCAUUAAUGUAUGGAAAUGCUUAUUCCUUCCUUACUGCAGUGGUUCAUUGGUUAUUCAGUUGAAUAAAUCGCUUUUCUUUGUAAAGCAAUGUGCAGUAAAGCAACCUUCCCAGUGAACAUGAGAGCUAGUUAGUACAAGCUAGGCAAUGUGUGGAUUUUACUGUCUCGUUUCAGGUAGAAUUUUUUUUCAACCUGUUAUUGUGAGACUGAGCUAGUGAAAGGGUUGCGAAAGGAAACCUUAUGUAUUAACCAGACGUGGUUUCAUUCCCAGGUUUAAAAAAAACAACAACAUUCCUUUUAGUAACAGAGCAGUAUGAACAGCAUUAGUGCAGGUGCAGGUACUCUGAGCACUGGUACUGGAUCUAUACUGACAGCAGACAUUUCGAGGGAUGGCGUCACUUGAAUUCCAUCGCAGUUCCAAUCAGAGGUUUAUAAUUUAUCCUAUUUCUUGAUUCUGUACUUUCUGAUGACACUGAACCUGUACCAACAGGUAUUACAAGUGUACUGGAUUGGACCAGAGUGGUGCAAUUUGAUAUCUACCUAAAUGAACAUUAAAUAGCUGGCAUUUAAGUUGGUGCGGCACAUGUCAUUUUGUUUAAUUUUAGUUGCACUUUCUUGUAGCUCACAGUAGCUGGCGCUGUUGUUCCAUUAUCGCCAUACACCAUAUAGCUCAAUUGGUGUUAUAUUUUAUAUAUAUCUAAAUAUAUGUAUAUAUAUAUCUAAAUAUAUGUAUAUAUAUCUAUAUAUAUAUAUGUACGCCCAGUCACUGUCUCGGAGAGAAUCCCACCCAAUACCAAAAACUGGUUGAUGGGUCCCCAACCAGCAGAUGCGUUUGCAUUCUGACAUGUACCACAAUGGCUUUUUUUUUUAGUAAGUCAUGACAUGCAAUUUUACUUUGAGGCUUUUCAAUAAAGCGGGGGUGGGGGGAACUCAUUGCUGAGUCUUAAUGUCAUUUCAGUAUUUCACAGCUUUGUGUUAUAUGUGCAUCCAUUACACAAAGAAAUUUUACAAAUUCCACACUGUAAGUAGAUGAAAUUAUAUCCAUUAUUCUAUAUAGAAUGACUUAGACUAGAAUUGUUCUUUGGAUUGUACAGCAAGCUGAAACUAAACUGGUUGGAGAUUUGGAUUUUACUUUUGGAUAUUGAUUGCCUGUAGGUUUUGCUCUGCAUCUAUUUCAUCACCGCAGACAUUUUAAAUAAGAUUUGUUACGGACUAAAUUAUCAAUGAUAAGGUGCUGAAUUUAAAAACUUGUAAAACGUCAGCCAUCUCUGUUCAUGUAUACAUACAGUACAGCAGUUUAGAUGCAAUAUGUGGCAUUUCAGGAUGUUAUUAAGGGCAGAAGAUAAUGUAUGAAAAUGCAAGCAAGAUUAAUAAUGUUGAAGGAAUGGUGUUCACUCGAGUGGGGGUUGACAGUUGGCCAAUGUUUCCUUUCUUAAAAAUUGGGAGUCAUGACUAUUAAGAAUUCUCUCUUUUUCUGAGUCAGUCUGCUCUAUCUAUACCUUCCAUUAGCUAAUGGUAACCAUGGAUCUGUUUUUACUUUCUUCCUGGCUUGUGGAGUCUAGCGAAACUUAUCAACAUCUUUUUAUAUAAAGUUUCAAAAUUCAGUUACUCUUUGAUGUAGCUUUUAAUGCCUGAAAGUGACAAAGUAAUAUGUAAUUUCUAAUGAGAUGAAAUUCUUGAGAUUCGCCAACCUCCUUGGCAAAAAAUAGUUGGUAUUGCGUUUCGAAAUAUUGCCUUUGGCCUAAUCUCAGUGUUGGGAUUUCAGCAUGAGGAAAAUUAGGUCGGACACCUUAUAUGGAAGUAAUCCACAUCUAGAUAUGCUAGUGUGCUGCCCAGGUAAAAUCAUGAACAUAAGAGUUAUCAAGAUAUGAGGAAAAUUGUAAUCCCACAAUUUGAAAAUUUGAACAGAGAAUUGGUAAAGGUCACCUUAGGACACAGAAUCGUAUUAUUAGGAAGAUUGAAAUCGGGUACAAUUAUGAUCGUUCUUGGAAGCCAUUAUUAAAAAAAAAUCCCAAUUGCAAUUACUGUGUCAUCUAGCAGAUUGGCUUUUGCUUGCUGCACAUUCUUGAGGUUUUUAUUUACCUAAAUGAUUUUAUUAUAAAGCAGCUGAUAAUACUGAGUUUAUUGAAUAAUCUGAUGCAGUUAAAAGCUUUACCUAUUGUGUGCAAUCAGAACUGUACGUACAAACGACCACAAUCGAUGUAGUUUGCCUUAGUAUCUUAUAUGGGGUUUAGAGAAAUUCUCAGCUAGCUCACCUAUGAAAAAAUUGCAAAGCAAGAUCACAGCGUGAUAAUAUGUAGGUUAUCCAAGGACCAUUUUUUGUAUUGUUCCCAAUGACUGUAUGAGAUCAGAUUUACUGUAUGUGCUAAAAUAAUACUCCUUUUGUUAUAGAGUGUCCUAAUGACAGGUCAAGCAAUAAAAGUUAAUUCUUAAAAAGAAAA